AGGGUCAGACAGGUUAUAUUUCAUUAUAUCAAGCACUGGUAAACGUAAAUGAGAUCGUAAUUCAGCAGUCGGUUGUAUUCUUACGUUCAUCGAAAUCACUGAACGUGCGUUGGGCGUCUGUGAAGUGCUACGUUGUUAUUCCCGUGGAAAAAAGUGAACUUUUUGUAAUCUGAAUUAAAUCGCCGAGUCACAGUUCUUCGUGCAGUAAAGCUGGUUUGAUAUGUGCGUGUAAGUGACUUCUCAAGGAUAAGACAGUAACAGCUGAGAUGUCUUACCCACCACCUGGACAACAGGGGUAUCCUCCACCAUAUUCAGGACAAGGCCAACCUCUGCCACCUGGAGGCUACCAACCACCUCCAGGACAGGUGGGAUUCCAGCCUCAUCCAGGCUUUGUUCCACCUGGUGGACAACCAGGUUACCAGCCUCAGGGUUACCAACAACCAGGUUACCAGCCUCAGGGAUACCAACCACAAGGAUACCAGCCCCAAGGGUACCCUCCCCCAGGGGGAUAUGGGCAGCCAAUUGCAGCACAGCCAACAAGUGGCGGGACCCCAGCAGUUACUGGAUAUGGUUAUAAUUCUGCGAUAAUGACACCCUAUCAGCCGCAGCAAGGUGGAUGGAUGAAUAUGCCGCAAGGCAAUCCCAAUGUCCCACCCGGUUUGGAAUACCUUACUACGAUUGACCAGCUGCUUGUACAUCAAAAAGUGGAGUUACUUGAAGCAUUUACUGGAUUUGAAACUCAAAACAAAUAUACAAUAAAGAACAGUGUCGGCCAGAAGGUUUACUAUGCGGUGGAAGACUCAGAUUGUCUCACGCGAAAUUGUUGUGGCCCCCUGCGACCAUUUGAUAUGAAGAUUCUUGACAAUUACAAGAAUGAAGUGAUUCAUUUGAAUCGACCUCUUGCGUGCGACUCCUGCUGGUUUCCGUGCUGUCUGCAGAACAUGGAAGUAUCGUCUCCACCGGGCACUGUCAUCGGUUCAAUACAGCAGGAGUGGAGCAUCCUCACUCCACAGUUUAACAUUAAGAAUGCCGCAGGCGACGUAGUGCUGAAAAUUGAAGGUCCGAUAUGUACAUUCAGCAUUUGUGGAGAUGUUGAAUUCAAGAUUCUGUCCAAAGAUGGAAGCAGUCAGGUUGGAAAGAUCUCCAAACAAUGGGCUGGACUCUUAAGAGAAGCGUUCACUGAUGCUGACUACUUUGGCAUUACGUUCCCCAUGGAUUUGGAUGUUAAGAUGAAGGCAGUCAUGAUGGGUGCAUGUUUUCUAAUUGAUGUGAUGUUCUUUGAGAAACAAGGCAACAGAGAGUCUGAUCGUCCUGGAAUGUUUUGAGCAACAGCUCAUUAUUUUAUGACUUUGGUAUAGUGAGGACUACAUGUUCUUUGAAAAGUCACAAAAUAGAGAAAGAGAUGGUAUCGGAAUGUUCUAAUAUAAACGGACAGUGCGCUGUGUAAGUUUAGUAACGCUGAAUACCACAACAUCUGCAUGGGACAAAGUUUUCCUGUACUACACACAGGUGUUAUAUGUUAAAAAUUAAUGCAGCUGAUUCCUAUUUUAUCUGAUUGUAAAGUCAUCAAAGGAGUAUUUUCUUUCACUGUGUUUGAGCAUCAUAGUGUGAUUAUAAUAACAGGAAUAAAAUAUUUCCUUGUCUCUCUUGACAAAGGAAGAAGUAUUAACAUUACAAGUUCACGCAGUUUAAUUCCACGCUUCUGAUUUAUUAACACAGAUUACAUUAUUACAUUGUUUAAUAUAGUCAGUUACGUAUUUAGAUGAAGCUGAUAUUGUUAAAUUAUAAAAAUAUUAAAUUAUGAUUGAAACACGCACUGAGAUUGUUAAUACGUUUAAAACAUGCUCUCAGAUGUGUGAAUUGAAAUUAUAUAUUAAAUUAUUAUUAUUAAAAUAUUCUCUGAUCAUAAUA